GCGCUGUAGACGAUAAUAACCGCAGCUGUGGCUUGGUGAGCGGUGCUGGCGCAUUGAUUGUGCCAUUGACGCCUUGGUUGUUGACCCUUAUCGGACCAUCAAGGUCGCCGACUUUGGAUGGGAAUAUAGUGCAUUUAUAUAUACCAUAAGCCCAAUAUGACCGCGGCUUCAAGUCCGCUUAAUCGCCAACCAAGCUGGAUUCCCCUUCUCUGUGCAGUGGCCGCCCUCUCCCUCCCGAUAACCAUUCACUUUAUACGCACACGGAAUGAUAAUAUGAGCACCGCCGCACUUCCACUAUCCUCAUCCCUCCCGUCUCUUCCGUUGUUUCUGGAGGCGCAAAAAUGGGCGUCUACAGAUCCCGGGAAGGUCGCGAUAAUCGAUAAAACGAAGGACCUGAGUUUUACCUACCGCCAGCUACUCAAUGAUGUAGCCGCAUUAAAGAGGCGGAUUUUGGCUCAGGUGAAAGUUCAAGAUCUUGAAGAGAGGAGGAUAGCGUUCCUUGUACCGGCUGGCUAUGAUUAUGUGGUUUGCCAGUGGGCUGUAUGGGCGGCCGGUGGUGUCUGUGUACCGUUGUGCACAUCUCAUCCACCAAAGGAACUUUUAUAUACUAUCUCGGACUCGGAUCCGUCCUUAGUGGUGCUACAUAGCUCGUUCCAACACUUGCAGCCCGCUUUGCUAGACAAGUCAUCCAAAACCUGCUUCAUGGAGCUCUCACCCAUUACUGAAAGCAGAAGCUGUACCUCUAUACCCAAUCUCCAUCCGGCUUUUGCGCCGUCACGAAGAGCUCUAAUGAUCUAUACCUCUGGCACAACAGCAAACCCCAAGGGCUGUGUCACGACACACAAGACGAUAACGUUCCAAGCAACAUCCCUCAUCCAGGCCUGGAAAUAUUCCCCAUCCGAUCACCUAAUCCAUGUCCUUCCUCUCCAUCACAUUCACGGUAUCAUUAAUGGCCUUACGGCGACCCUACUUAGCGGUGGAACAGUCGAAAUGUAUGCCAAAUUUGAUCCUCAGAUUGUCUGGGAAAGAUGGAGCAAUUCUGGCUCAUCAACAAUGUUCAUGGCUGUCCCAACAGUGUAUUCGCGGCUAGUCGACUACUUCGAUACUCAUAUCAGAUCCACCGACUCCGAAGCAGCAGCUAGGGCGGGUGCUGGCGCAUUGAGGCUAGUAGUCAGCGGCUCUGCAGCCCUACCCACGCCAAUUAAGACUAAAUUUCUUGAGAUAACCGGACAAACUCUACUCGAACGGUACGGAAUGACUGAAAUUGGCAUGGGACUUAGCUGUGGCCUGGACGUUUCGCGACGUAUUGAAGGGAGUGUUGGCUGGCCCCUCCCUGGCGUACAAGUUCGUCUAACACACCGGGAAACUGGAGCUCCGAUUCCUCUUACUUCAUACAAUGAGGACGGUAUGAUUGAAAUCAAGGGUGACAACGUAUUCCUUGAAUACUGGCGGCGGCCUGAAGCAACGGCUUCCGAAUUUACCAGCGAUGGUUGGUUUAAAACGGGGGAUGUGGCAAGGCGAGACACAGCUGGUGCGUACUACAUCCAAGGCAGAGCCUCAGUGGACCUGAUCAAAAGCGGCGGGUAUAAGAUAUCUGCACUGGAAGUUGAAAGAAAGAUGCUCGCAUUAGAAGAAGUCCAGGAGGUUGCCGUCGUGGGAAUUGCUGAUGAGGAAUGGGGCCAAAGAGUCGCUGCCGUUGUUAAGCAGAGAGAAGGAACCGCAAAACUAGAGCUUCAAAGCCUCCGUACAAAACUGAAGUCGGAGAUGGCAGCGUAUAAAAUCCCAAGUGUCCUGAAACUGGUUGACAGCAUUGAGAGAAACGCCAUGGGCAAGGUAAAUAAGAAGAUGAUUGUGAAGAAGUACUGGCCAGAUCUUGAGUGA